GGGUUCCCCCGCAGGAGCGGCCCCGCGGCGGCGGGCGGAGCCGCACAGCCCCUGCCCGGCCCCGGGGGCCUCCUCGGCCCUGUCCUCAGCAGCCUUUCCCUACACCUGUCCGAGCUGCAGCCUGGAGCUGUGGCCGACAAGCGGCUCUCGUUGCUAGGAGCCCUAAUGCUCUUCAUUUGAUGCCUUAAUAUCUUGGCAAAGAUGCAAAGAGGGCUGAAAGGGAGAUUAAGGGAGGGCCCACUGUACUACACCAUUCCUGGCUUUGUGAAUCUGUUCUUUAGGGCUGGUAGAGACCCCACGUCUCACAAGGCAUAGGCAUUCAUCUGCUCUUAGUCCCGGUAGACCUCAUGGUCUCUUCAUGGGUCAUCUUUCCCACUUCUCCAGGACCGGUGUUGUCACCGUGUCAGUACGGCCAGAGCUGUAUUCCAUUCUAGUAAAUCUUAUCCUACACGCAAGGGCAGCAACACUUGGGCAAGAGUUUUUCCAGCAGAAAGAGCAGCUGUGCCGGGUUCAGUGGGGCUCCCCAUGCCGGCUGCACUGCCAGCAAAUUCAGCUGGUCAUGGUUAUGGUAUGGAAACAAAUCAGAUAUCCGCUUCAUUUAAUUACUACUUGAGAUUAGUGCAUAAAGCAGCAAAUUACUCUUCCAUUCAGUGCAACGGGACCGCCUACUUGACUAAGUCAAACACGGUUUUACCUGUGUUCGAUAAACAAAUCACAAGAUAAUGAGCUAUGCACAUCAGACAAAUAUUUGCUCACUGGAGUAAAGCAUGGAGUCAGCGCUGUGCCAAAAGUGUCCAUGGACUUCAUAACCAGGAACCAGAAAUCUGUUCUAAACCAGAAUAUUUGUAACUGUAAUCCGAAAUGCCUGAAUAUCAAUAUGAAUUACUUAUAUUAUUUCUUAGAGUGUUUAGGAUGAUUUUUUUGCUUUCUUUUGGUUAACUGAACAACCUGCAUUUCACCGUGUAUAUGAUGGAGAAAUCCACACAGCAGUUACUCACACCUCUUAGAGAAUAAAUUUAGGCACUGUAGGGGGGAACGUACAUUGAACAGACAGGAGACUUGAUUUGCUGAUCAAAGACUAUGAGUGCAGAUACAGUUUGCCAUCAUUACCAACCUUGUUCUUUACUUUUAACCUAACCUCAGAGUUAAUUUUAGUCUUAUGUGAGCCCUUUCCAGAAGAUCAAUGGCAUGACAAAAUCUGGAAGUGAUAAAUAACCAAAAGCACCAGAUAUGGUAACUCUGCUGCAGUAAAGGCAUACAGAUGUAGCGUAACUUCUCGGUUUCCUCUCUGCGGUCUGUAAAACAGAAGAGGCACUCUGGGCAGCUAUUUGAUGCUCCUAAUUAUCGUGUACCUGAAAGCAUUUGUACUUCAAAGAUGAAUGAUUUACUUUGCCACCAAAAUAAGGCUCAGCGUUUCUAAAUAUUGGAUGAAGAUUAAUAGCAGAUAGUUUUUGUGUUUAAACACAGAGUAUGUGUGUGUAAGGCCACAUAAACACAUAAGGGCUGCAUGCACACAGAACUGUCAUUCAAGCAGCCAAUCUGUAGAAGCCAAUACUAUUGUGCUCACAAAGAAUGAGGUUUUUUUUUAAGGCUUAUAAAAGUUGAUACUCUUCCUUUGGUUGUGUGUAAAGCAGCCCUAAGUAACAGCGUACACAUACACCCAUGUGUGUAUGUGUCAGCUCUUAUGUUGCUAACCUCACGGAUAUCAGCUGUCCUGCUGAUACGGUAAGAAUUGCAUUUGUGCUGUAGAAAAACUGACUGCCCUAUCUCUACAUUCAGGUGAAUACAUGGAAGGGAAAAAGGAAGCAGUCUGGUUUCCUUUGAGGGGUCCCAUGUGACCCAGGAAGAGUAACACCUCAUACACAACACACACCAGUAACCUCAACUGUAUGAGGAGCUCCAUAGGCCUCCAAGGGCCUCUAGCAUGGUCCUGAUUCCCACUUACAGGUGAGGAAACUGAGGCAAAGAGAGGUGAAUUCAUUUGCCUACGGACACCCAGCAGAUGAAUGGCAAUACUAGGAACAAAAUGCCAGUAGUCCAAGUCCUGAGCCACUCUUUCUGAUUUUCUCCUUUCAAGAAAUACAAUGGUUAGGCAAUGAUCAAUCAGUCAAUUUUCAUAAGGGAGAUAAAUAGGUAUAAUAAAUAAAUCAAAUGUAUGUACGUAAUUUUAUCAUGAGUGCUCCAGAAAGAACAGCUCCACAAAGACAUUUUAAUGCUUUCUCUGUGCCCGCACUACAGAACUGUAAUAUAAAUUAUCCACUGAUUUCUCUCUUCAGCAAAAUAUUUAAGUGCACACUUCUCUUUAAUGAGAUGGAAAAGUGUUAUGCUGAAGCCAAAGCACGAGGCUUCAGAGGACCAUGACCAGUAGGCAAUCAAGAAUCCAGCUGCUGUAUUGGCAUGUAACAAUGAGACACUUCUAAAUGUUCUCACUGCUCAGCACUUCUUCUUACAACAAAGAUUUGAAGGCAAGGCUUCUGUGCAGGUCAUCCACGAGGCAGGUUUAUAUUAUUUUGGUUUGAAUUCUUCAUGCUUUGGUUUGAAUUUAAAAGUGACACUGAGCACACAAGCUGAAUUCCUCUUGACUGAAACUAGUUGCAAUGUGCACCACAGGAGCAGACCGUUUAUGCACUGAAAUGGAUUUCAGUGGAUUUUAGGCACACGAAAUGGGAUUUCACUAUCCACGGGGUCUGACUAGACGUGGUUCAGGGUAUGAAUAGGCAGUGUAUGGAGGGUGGAAGUUGGGCCCUCAGCAUAGUAAUGGCCUAUCUGAUAUGUUUGAAUGUUGUACACAAGAGACAGUCUCUUAAAUAGAUGAUGGAGGUGUUGCAUCCCAUGUAUUGCAAGCAAACCUGAUUUCAUUCUGACCUCCAGUCAGUCACUGAUUCCAAACCCUGUGUUAGCAGGUGCAAGGUACCACCUGAUUGCUUUUUUGAGCAAUACCAGCUGGUGCAGUGUAAAUGAACAGGCUACAGAUAAUAUAGAUGUAUUGUGAGAGGUUUAUAUGUAUCCUGAGAAUACUUGGAACCACACUCUUUGGAGUGUCCCUCCUGCUGGGAAUCACCGCUGCUUACAUUGUGGGCUACCAGUUUAUCCAAACAGACAAUUACUACUUCUCCUUUGGACUCUAUGGUGCUAUCCUGGCAUCACAUCUCAUCAUCCAAAGCCUGUUUGCCUACCUAGAGCACAGGAAAAUGAAGCGGUCGCUAGAGACUCCAAUCAAGCUGAACAAAACUGUUGCCCUUUGUAUUGCUGCCUAUCAAGAGGAUCCUGACUACUUAAGAAAAUGUUUACUUUCUGUGAAAAGAUUGACCUACCCUGGAAUUAAAGUUGUUAUGGUCAUUGAUGGGAACUCAGAAGAUGACGUUUACAUGAUGGACAUUUUUACUGAAAUCAUGGGGAGGGACAAAUCUGCCACUUAUAUCUGGAGUAACAACUUCCAUGACAAAGGUCCAGGUGAGACGGAGGAGUCUCACAGAGAGAGCAUGCAGCACGUAUCUCAGCUGGUCCUGUCCAACAAAAGUGUUUGCAUCAUGCAGAAAUGGGGUGGAAAAAGAGAAGUAAUGUACACAGCAUUCAAAGCACUGGGGAGAAGCGUGGAUUAUGUACAGGUCUGUGAUUCAGACACAAUGCUCGAUCCAGCUUCAUCAGUGGAAAUGGUAAAGGUCUUAGAAGAAGAUCCAAUGGUUGGAGGAGUUGGAGGCGAUGUGCAGAUUUUGAACAAGUAUGAUUCCUGGAUCUCCUUUCUGAGCAGUGUGAGAUACUGGAUGGCAUUUAACAUAGAAAGAGCCUGCCAGUCCUAUUUUGGCUGCGUACAGUGCAUCAGUGGACCUCUGGGAAUGUACAGAAACUCUUUACUCCAUGAAUUUGUGGAAGAUUGGUACAAUCAAGAAUUUAUGGGCUCCCAGUGCAGCUUUGGAGACGACAGGCAUCUAACUAACCGAGUGCUAAGUCUGGGCUAUGCAACAAAAUACACAGCUAGAUCCAAGUGCCUUACUGAAACACCAAUAGAGUAUCUCAGGUGGCUGAAUCAGCAGACCCGCUGGAGUAAAUCGUAUUUUAGAGAGUGGCUUUAUAAUGCAAUGUGGUUCCACAAGCACCAUUUGUGGAUGACCUAUGAAGCUGUAAUCACUGGAUUCUUUCCUUUCUUCCUUAUCGCUACAGUCAUUCAGCUCUUCUACAGGGGAAAAAUCUGGAACAUCCUCCUUUUCUUGUUGACAGUUCAGUUAGUGGGCCUGAUAAAGUCUUCCUUUGCCAGUUUCCUUAGGGGCAACAUUGUCAUGGUUUUCAUGUCACUCUACUCAGUGUUGUAUAUGUCGAGUUUACUGCCAGCAAAGAUGUUUGCAAUCGCCACGAUAAACAAAGCAGGGUGGGGCACAUCAGGAAGAAAAACCAUUGUAGUUAAUUUUAUAGGACUCAUUCCAGUCUCCAUUUGGUUUACAAUCCUCCUAGGUGGCGUAAUUUUCACUAUCUACAAGGAAUCAAAAAAGCCAUUCUCUGAGUCAAAAACAACAGUUCUCGUCAUUGGUACAAUCCUCUAUGCAUGUUACUGGGUUCUUCUAUUGACUUUGUACUUGGUUCUCAUCACCAAAUGUGGCAGGCGGAAGAAAGAGCAACACUAUGACAUGGUGCUAGAUGUAUGAUGUUUCUGUGGGAAGUUACCCAGAGAGUUUUAAAGCAACCCAAGGACCUUGUAGUAUCUGUGGCAUGGGACGAAUGUUGCCAAGGGAAAUGGAUCACUGCUGCUGGGAAUAGGACAUUUAUAUUCCUCCGGGUUCAUUUUCAUCCUGCCAAAGUAAGAAAAUCAAAAACAAUAGAAAAUGAUUUUUUUUUCCAAGGGGGGAAAAAUCAAACCACACCGUUUCAACCUGUUCGCAUGAAAAUGGGAGAACUUCUUUGUUUAUGCACUUUUUUAUUGUGCAUACGCCUGACAGUGUUACGUUCUAUAUACCUCACUGGUCAUGCUUAUGUGUGGACAGGAAGAAAAGGAGUUUGGAGAAUCAAGAAAAGGAUCUUACAACCCCUUGCAACCUAAUUUAUGAACUUCUCUUUUUUAUAGUUCUUUUUAUAGGAAGGGUCUUUUGUGUUAGGCUGCCAAAUGUAAUGCCAAAGGUAAAUUUUAAGAGGCCAUUGGCUGAGCUGUAUUUUUAUAUUAUUGUAUUAUUUGUGUGUGUGUAUUUUUAAGCCAACUUUUUUUUUUUUCAAAUCACAUAUUUUAUAUUUUACUAUCUGCCAAAAAAAAAAAAAAAUUGCCUCCCUACCAUUUUGUUCUUUAGCCUCCUUAAAUAUAUUUGGGGGGAAAAAAUAUCAAUUUCUCCCCCCGAAUUAUGCUGAUUUAAUGUUGUUCACAAUAAAAAGCAUAAAAAAUCCCUCUGCAUUUUUGCAACUGAUGAAUGGUUAUUUCUGUGAAAAAGUAUUUAAAUGUACUCUUUGAAGACAUUUACUAGGAAAGGCCCAACAUUGUCAGGUUUUGAAUACGAGCAUAUUUGUCCGUAAAAAAGGCCAAAGGGUAGAUAUGUGCAAUCUGGGGCUUUGUUUUGGAUAACAUUGUAAUAAGGAAAUCUACAUUGCUGAGAGCAUAAUAUCUCUGGCAUGCACAAUAGCCAUUUGAUAAGCCAGGCGUUGAUACUAUCGGAAAAGGCAUUGCUAUAGGAAAGCUCCCACUGAUUUUACAUGUGAUCUGAAGAACCACACGCUUCUCAUCUGAAGAAAUACUGGACACCCCAAACUACUAUUGACUUCACUGAUGUCUGUAAUAUUCUAGUGGCAAGCAGAUAGUUCUGAUUUUUUAGUUAAAAAAAUACAUGAAAGGAAAACAUAUCAACACUUUCUGAACGUGGGUGCCUUACUAUAAAACAUUUGCAGUGCCCUUCAUGGAGUUUACGAAUGAUAUAAACAUCAUCUUCUCUGACAUCCAGUGUAAUACAGACCCCUGUACGAAGCCCAAUAUUUUGUGCCUGACUAAAGCAUAUCUACCAGAAAAGAAGCCAACUUGUAUCCAAAAACAUCAAGUCUUAGCAAAUUCAUCACUUCCUUGGUGCUUAAGAGUCCAUUUUGGACACUUAUUUUGGACCAUGGUUUUUUGAAAUAACACUCAGGACUAAAUUCUGCAGUCCUUCACCAGCCAAAGGAAUGUGGCAUUAAGCCCUAACACACUUUAUAAAGAGCAACAGAAUACCAACUGCAUACAGAUAUAUCCCCUUUUUAGAUUCUGGUAUUUAAAGCACUGUGGUAAAGCAGAAAUCAGCAUAUGAUGCUUAAAGAACUUAGAAGCAUUUUCAGCUUCUUUUUAUGCAGACAUGAGUAGAUUCUGCUGUAGAAUGAACUGCACACACACUACCUUAUUUGUUUGAUUAUCUUGAGGUACAUGAUUGCUUGAAAGUCAUACUAAUUUUAUGUUAAUGAUUGGAGAGUUGAUUCAUGUUGAUUAAAAAUAGAACAGUAUUAAAAAAUGCAAAAGAAACAGAAAAAAAAAACUUGACUAUGCGUUUUAACUAUUUAUGAUGUAAGUUAAAGCUUGGGUUAACAUUCAAAUGUCAAAUAAAUCCUCUCAUUCUAUAAAAAAAUGAAUUAAUUGCCUGUAUUUAUUCUAGCAAUUUAUUCUAGCAAAUGUACUUCCAAUAUAGGUUGUAUAGUAUAAUUGUUACUUUCAUAAAUAAAAUAUUUUUGAUAAGAUUAUGACUAA